GGGGAAAGCUCUUGGAGCCAGUUUGCUUGCUGAUGUGUUGUUUUAAUUCCAAUCUUCGCUGUUUACCUGGCUUUGUCUCAGAACAGAUUAGUGGCCGUCCUGGAAUUCAACCUCUGGGCAAGGUUCUUGACUGCUGCCGAAGCACCACACCACUGAACUCCCUCAAAGGCCACAGCCGGGAAGCAGCUCCCUGAACCUGGGCACUUUUUCUACGAAGUCAUUUUCUUCAGUACAGAUACCUCAGGCAAAAAUAUGGAGCCUCAAAGGCCGAGUUUGAAGCCGGCAGCGGCAUCCUUGUCUUUGGGACAGUAUCACAUUUCUGAGGAGUAUGGCUUUCUUCUUCAGAAUCCUCUGAGAGAUCUGAACGACUGAGCUGUUUUCUAUUUGAAACACAGAAAGAACUUCCUGAUCACUACAGGCCUUGGAUGGAAAUCGCCAACAAGCUCCCUCACUUAAUUGAGAGCCACCAGCUCCAGGCCCAUGUCUACAAGAUGCCCCUCCUGGACUGCAGGUUCCUGAAGGGGCACCGGGAGCGACGCCUGGCGCACCUGGUGCUGGCCGCCAUCACCAUGGGAUUCGUUUGGCAAGAAGGAGAGACCCAACCCCAAAAGGUGCUGCCCAGAAGUCUUGCCAUUCCUUUUGUUGAAGUCUCCAGGAACUUGGGGCUCCCUCCCAUCCUGGUCCACUCUGAUCUGGUGCUGACAAACUGGACCAAAAGGAACCCAGAAGGACCAUGGGAAAUCAGUAACCUGGAAACCAUCGUCUCUUUCCCCGGGGGAGAGAGCCUGCGGGCCUUCAUACUGGUGACGGUUUUGGUGGAGAAGGCAGCGGCGCCUGGCAUUAAGGCCCUGGUUCAGGGAGUGGACGCCGUUCUGCAACACAGCCAGGACACCCUCCUCCAGGCCCUGCAGCAGGUGAGGCUCUCCAUCCAGGACAUCACCAGAACCUUGGCCCAGAUGCAUGAUUAUGUCGACCCAGACAUAUUUUACACAGUCAUCCGGCUCUUCCUCUCUGGGUGGAAGGACAACCCAGCCAUGCCUGUGGGACUGGUCUACGAGGGUGUGGCCACAGAGCCUCUGAGGUACUCCGGAGGAAGCGCAGCCCAGAGCUCUGUGCUUCAGGCCUUUGAUGAGUUCCUGGGCAUUCAGCACUGUAAGGGAAGUGUAGGCUUUCUGCACAGAAUGAGAGACUACAUGCCUCCUUCCCAUAAGGCCUUCCUGGAGGACCUCCAUUCAGCUCCUUCACUGAGGGACCACAUACUGACCUCCGGGGCCGGGUCCUGCCUGAUAGCCUAUAACCAGUGCGUGGAGGCUCUGGUCGAGCUGCGCAGUUACCACAUCAACGUGGUGGCACGAUACAUCAUCUCCGCUGCUGCCAAGGCCAGGAGCAGGAUGCCGAGCCAUCCCUCACCCCAUGCCCCGGAGGACAGGGGCACUGGGGGCACCGCAGUGCUGAGCUUCCUGAAGAGCGUCAGGGAGAAGACCGUGGAGGCCAUCCUUCACCCUUGUGCUUAGCAGUUCACAUCCUGCACCCUUGUGCUUAGCAGUUCACAUCCUGCAUCCUUAUGCUUAGGGCCCGUGGGAGUCAGAGCCAGGACCAGAACUCUGCCUGAACCCAAGCGUACUUUUGCUCCAAGAACACCAUGAUCUUUGUUCCUAAACUGUGGUUCCCAUUCACAGCCCAGCCCCAGCCACUUUGUUUGCUAGAAACCGUUCUGCCCUGCCCAAUCCCCCUGCCUCACUCAUAGCAGAGAACUGAAGCCAUGUCUCCAUUCGGUGGGCAAGUCCUAGACAUCCAAGCUCAAUUGAAAAGGAAUCAAGUUGCCUUUGAGCAUAUCACCUCAUCUUUUCUUCCCCUGGACCUCUUUCCUCCUCCCCUCCCUGUCCCCUCCCUCUCUCAUUCCCCUCUACUGACUCCUUUCUGGUCCUCCCUUGUUUACUCCCCUUUUCUUUCCUCCCUUGAAACAGGAUCAAACUAUGUACCCCAGAUCAGCAUCCAACUAGAACCCGUGAUCCCCCUGCCUCAGCCUUCUGAGGGUAUACAUAUGUGCCAACUGUUACAGGCUCCGUUCACCUCUUUUCUCUUGCCCUCUGGAGAUGGCAUCUAAGGUUGCGCACAUACCGGGCAGCUGCCCCACCGCCGAGCUACGGUCCCACCGCUCUGUGUUUCUGAUUUUGAAAGAAAGUCUUAGGAGUUGCUUGGGCUGGUGCUGAGCUGUUUAGCCCAGGCUAGCCUUAGUGUUUGAGUAGCUGGGAUGUAUAGGAGCGAGUCACUGAGUCAUGCUGCCGCCACCGCCACCAAUAGCGAUGAUGAUGGUUGCCUCCUCUUCCUCCUCCUCUUGGUUUAUUUUUGGCUUUUGGUUUGAGGCAGGGUCUUACUAUGUUCUAGCUCAGGUUGCCUUGGACUCAAGGCAAUCCUCCCAUCUCAGCCUCCCCAGCACCAGGAAGCAGGAACCACUACAGCAGGAAGCUGGCUGUAGUAGAUUCGCUUAUUUCUCUAAGACUCUACUGUACUCCUGUACAGAGACUUGGGAGGGACCUUCUGGGACCCGAGGCAGCCUUCUCCUCCCUGCCCACACUGAAUUCAUCACGGGGGUUAAAUGCUCCAGUGGAGAUAUGUGGUGCUGAGCAAAGAAACCCGAAGUCACCAGCCUGGGGACCUCAGCUACUGAUCUGGAACCGAUGUGUCUUCCCUACUUGGCGUAUUCAUGGCCAAUUCUAUUUUAACUCUCUGCUCUAUUUUUAGGACAAUGUUUUUCUUUUUCCUAGUGACACUGGAAUGUGUAUUUGAAAAAUGUUUUAAUUGACCCUUUGAAAGCAAACGAGCUGCAUAGGAAUAAAUAGUAAGUCCACAUGUUUCGGAUAAAAAUAAAUGUAGCCUUUAUUUUCGAA